CACACCCACGAAUGGCCGAUAAGAUUGUUUACUAUCAAAAGCAACAACUGGAGAAAAAUUUGUCUUUUAAUAUCAAGGGUUCCUGUUUGUAGCAUCAUUGAGAAAACUGGUCAUUUAAAUGGAGAGAAUCCUGCAAAAAGUGGCGAAAUGCCGGUGGUCGCGAUUAGCUGCUUCCAGACGACCCCUCAGCACGUCCAACUUCUUCAUCACGACACCAAUUUUCUACGUUAACGCUUCUCCACACAUUGGACACCUUUACACGUCCCUGGUGGCGGAUGCUGCCCAGCGAUUUCAGCGCCUUUUGACCAAAAAUGUUUCCUUCCUGAGCACGGGAACUGAUGAGCACGGCUCCAAAGUUGAGAAAGCCGCCGGAAAAAUGGACACUCAACAGUACUGUGACAAAAUAUCGAGCCAGUAUGUGGAAAUGCUGUCAAUGUACAGCGUGGAUUACUCGACUUUUGUUAGAACGACCAGCUUGGAGCACAAAAAAGCUGUACAUGCCUUCUGGAAGAGGUUGAAUGACAGGAAUUUCAUCUACACCGGCGAGUACUCUGGCUGGUACUGCGAGGCUGAUGAGGCUUUUGUUCCCGAGAGCCGGACAGAAAAACUGGCUGACGGCAGCAGGGUGUCCGCUGAGUCAGGUCGUCAGGUUGAUUGGACCUGUGAAGAGAAUUUCCUCUUCAGGAUGUCAGCUGUCCAGAGUGACUUUUCGCACUGGCUGAAGGACCCAUCUGCCGUCCAGCCGUCCAAAUUCCACAGUCUAGUCCAGUUAUGGGUUCAAGAGGGCUUUCAUGACGUGUCCAUUACAAGGCCGUCUCACCGCGUUCCGUGGGGCAUCCCUGUCCCGGAAAACCCUCAACACUCCAUAUACGUGUGGAUGGACGCGUUGGUCAACUACCUCACUGUUGCUGGUUUUCCCGACAAUCUGCAAAAUUGGCCUGCGGACGUGCACGUCGUCGGAAAAGAUAUUCUUCGUUUCCACGCUAUCCUUUGGCCUUCGCUCCUGAUUGCGGCCGGCUUGGAACCACCAAGGCAGAUCCAAUGCCAUUCACACUGGAAGGUUGAUGGAGAAAAGAUGUCCAAGUCCAGGGGAAACGUGAUAGACCCCCGAGGGCAGAUUGGGAGCACGCUGACCCACGAGGGACUGAGGUACUUCCUGCUCAGGGAGGGAACAAACCACAGCGACGCAAACUUCAGCCAGGUGAAGGCUAUGAAUAUUCUCAACGCUGAACUGGCCGGCAAGUUGGGGAAUUUGCUCAACCGAUGCACAGGGAAAUCUCUGAAUCCAAGACAAAUUUGGCCUGCUUUUGUGGAAGCAGCGGUGGAAGCUCAAGAGGUGGCGCCCUUGAUCGCAGCUCUCCAGGAAUUGCCUGCAAAAGCAAAGCAGCACUACGCAGCUUUCAACUUUUACAAAGCAGUCGACGAAGUGAUUUUGGUGUUGCAGGUGGCAAACAAGUUUUUUGAGGAUCAAAAGCCGUGGACGCUAGCUAGAGACAGUGCUGAAAUUCAAUCAAUUUUGAGCCUGACCUUUGAGACUCUGCGAGUUGUGGGCAUUGUGCUGCAGCCAGUGAUUCCAAAGUUAACCGCUCGACUCUUGGACAGAAUAAGCGUGCCUCUGGAAAAGAGAUUUUGGGGUGAUUUGGAACAGUUUUUGUGGGACGGAGUCAAAACUGAACAGCCUCUUAAAAGUGAAAAAUUGACACUUUUCCCUAGACUUGGAGAUGGAAAAUAAAAUGAUUAAAAUAUGGGAAAGCACAAAGAAAAAUCUCACAAAAAAGACCGGGACCGGCAUGGCGAAGGAAGCAGCAAAAGAAAGCGCGAUUCUUCCCCUGAGGACGAGUACGCUAAAAUGGAGAAGGAAAGGCUGCGCGAUCUAAAAGAGCGAGACGAGUUUGCAGAGCGUCUCAAACAGAGAGAUCAGGACAAAACCAAGAAAAUUGCGGACAAAACCA